ACGGCCACUCACCAAGUAAAAUAACGGUUUCUAUAGCAACAGUUCUUUUUCAUUGCUAUCAGAAUAAAUGGGAAUGCAAAACUGCCUCCCGUCUUGGGGGUUUAAGGCCCGCCCUUUGGGGGUGGCUGCCUCAGCCAUCUGGGACUGGCUUAGCACUCCCUAAGUCUGAAACCUGCAGAGGACCUCGCAGCCCAGACACUGCCGAGGAGCUCACAGCCCGGGACCUGUAGAGAACCGCCAUGUACUCAGAGAUCCAGAGGGAGCGGGCUGACAUCGAGGGACUCAUGGCCAGGCCAGAGUACAGAGAGUGGAAUUCAGAGCUCAUCAAACCCAAGAAGCUGCUAAACCCUGUGAAGGCCUCUCGAAGCCAUCAGGAGCUGCACCGUGAGCUGCUUAUGAACCACAAAAGGGGCCUGGGUAUGGACCGCAAGCCAGAACUGCAGCGGGUCCUGGAGCACCGUCGCAGGAAUCAGCUGAUCAAAAAGAAGGAGGAGGAGCUGGAGGCCAAGCGGAUGCAGUGCCCCUUCGAGCAGGAGCUGCUGAGAAGGCAGCAGAGACUGAACCAGCUGGAAAACCCACCACAGAGAGAAGAGGACCAUGCCCCUGAGUUCAUCAAAGUCCGGGAAAACCUGCGCAGAAUCACCACCCUGGCCAGCGAAGAGAGAGCACUGUAGAGUUUCAUCCACUCAGCAGCUCCUGCACUCACUCUGGCCCAGCCCUCCUGAACCUGAGGACCCUAGCCCACAAUGAUGCCAGCAAGGCACGCCUGAAAGCUAUCCCUGGGAAACUGAAACCCCCCCCCCGCACCCCACAGGAAAAGUGUCUGGACUUUUCUGAGCACCUAGCAUUCCUGCACCAAGAGGAAGCCACUACCAGGAAAGACCUCCAGAGGUGCCAUUCCUGAUCUGACUCACUGAGACUUCCCCGCAGAA